CACCUGGACCGCGCAUUUUUAACUGAACUAAGAGAGGGUCUGUAAAUAACUAGGAAAAAGUACCAAAAGGGAAAAUUUCAGAACUUAGUCAAGAUCCACGAGGAAGUUCAAAAAAUGGCCAAGAGUAAAGUUUUGGACCAUGAUUUGCUGACAAUGUGGGGCAAAACUGUGAAGUCAAGUUUGGCGGUUCCCAAAUGGUGGCAACAAACUUACCUUUGCUACAAGUACAGCAACGAUGUGCAGAAUAAAUAUUGUAGUGGACCUACUCCGACGUGCGCCCCUGUGAACCAAUUCACGGAAUUGUACCAGGAUUGGUCGAGGAAAGCGGGCGGGUGUCACAUGCAGUGGGGUUUGUUCACACAUCCCGAGGCGGAUGAUUGGUUCAAAAAUGUCGAGUUCUGUUUCCGCUUCUCGUCGGAAGGAGACGUGAGUCAGUGUGGGGAUGGAAAGGCUAAGGAGAUCUGCACCAAAGUGAACCACUACAGUCCACAGUACUAUGACCACUCCGACAGAAGGAAAGGAGGCUGUCAAAUGGAGUGGAAGAUAUACGCCAAAAACACAGACCUCAUUCCUGCCUGGUUCGCCAACACUAAGCUGUGCUACAUGUACAAGGCACACAUCAAAAUGAAGUCGAACCCGCGUGAGCUGAAAAGAGUGUGUUCAUUUGUGAAUGAAUACACCCCCGCCUAUUUGGAUGACUCACACUUUCACACCUACCUGCGCUACACAGAGAACUUCAUCCAGUGGGGUUUGACUGAUGUCCUCGGAUGAAAGCGGAAGACACAAACUCGAUAUAACUGCAGCAAAAAAAAAUUAAUAUAAUGGAUUUAAAAUAGAAUUGAAGUUCUCGAAGUCUAA